AUGGGCGUGUCAUUGCCCGAUGAGCUCAUAAUUUCAAUCUCGCAGCAAUUACCAUGUAGAGAUUUGCAAAUCAAGCAAUUAGCGACCUUGCUCUGUCCCUCAUUGCCUACUAUACCGGCCCUUUUCAUACACGGACCUCAUGCGUCUGGGAAGUCAAGCGUAAUACGAAGAAUCCUCGCAGAAUACACGACCCAGAACAAACACGAUGCUCAGCAGAAUCCCUCUCCGAAGAUCGAUUCGAAAAAAAGGAAACGAAGAGGAAAAGGGGACGUGAAUGACCCAUCGGAGCAUCUCGCAGCCAAGGAAUUUAUCCUCUCGUCCGUUGUGAGGGUUGCAGAGUGCAUCACCGCCAGACACUUUCUCGUCAACAUCGUGUCCAGCGCCAUCCUCGCAGUGCAAAACUCCGGCGCGCAAAUACAUAUCCAAGGGUCAGAGGCAGAAUGGUGUAAGAUCGUUGACAAGAUCCGGUGUGAGCACGUUAGCUCGUUGCCGGCUGCAUUCCGUGAUAUUCUGAGCAAGACGAAAUGCGAAAGAUACGUGCUGGUGUUGGACGGAGUAGAUGAGCUUCGGGAAGGGGGACAGAUGCUCCUGGCGGCGCUGGCAAGGCUGGGGGAGUUGAUUCCAUCUCUAUGUGUAGUGUUUGUGUCUAGAUCCACGCCUCGCCCAAUGUCUUUGCAAAUUGCAGGAAUACCACAUGUCUACUUCCCACCAUACUCUCGAAUUGAGAUUCUCUCUAUACUUUCGAGUCUGCCAUCUCCACCAGCAGAUGGCCUUUCUGAGGAAGCUGCCGCAAAAUUAUAUCCUUCGUUUUUGUCUACUCUAUACGACUCUCUAAUCGGACCGAUAGAUGGCACGAUCCCAGUGUUUCGAUCUGCAUGCAAAAAGAUCUGGCCACUGUUUGUGGCGCCAAUUGUGAAUCACGAGAAGCCUCCGGGCGGCGAAUGGGAUUUUUCUCGGUUGAUUGUCAAGAAUCGUGCUCUAUUCCAGCAGCAAGGGGAGCGUUUACUCCUUCAUCGUAUAGCGCCUGAUACUUCUAUUCCAUCCACCACAAAUGGCACUAUUCAUCUUACAAAAAAGCCAGCACGCCAACUCCCGGCGCUAUCAUACCUACCAACACUUAUUCUAACCGCCGCCUUCUUGGCUGCAUAUAUACCCCAGCGUCUCGAUACGAUAUUUUUUUCUAAAUUUACUGCUUCAAAAAAGAAGCGAAUUCGCCGUCGACGCGGAUUUAAGGCUGCAUCUCAGGAUCAGAGUCAGGGCUACGACCUCGAUGAUCCAACAAAUACACCAAGUAAAACUGGCAAGAAGUCGGGCGCACCAUCUCGAAUCAAAAAAACCAAUGGACUGCCUUCGUCUACCUCCCUUGGUAGUCGUACGGGGCUUACGAAUUUUUUGACUCCGCGACCCUUUCCAUUGGAGCGACUCCUUGCUAUUUACCAUGCAAUUGAUCCGAACCGGCCCCUGAACUCUGUACCACCAGCGGCAGAUACUCUUGCGCCAAAUAUCGCCACAUUACAGAGGUUAAGGCUACUUAUCCCAGCAUCCUCUGCAGCCGCAGCCUCCGGCAGCGCCAUUGAUGGGGGCGAGAAAUGGUGUUUGAAUUUAAAUGUCACAGUCAGCUCGAGUUCUUCCGUUAACGAAGAAUGGAUUGUGGAGAUGGCGAGGAGCAUUGGCGUGGAUAUUGACGAGUACCUGGCAAUAACAUAA